AUGGUUUCGUUGUGGGUGGAGGGUACUUUCCUGCCCCCUGGUUUCGGGCUUGCCCACGUGGCUUGCUCUGGCCAUGGAAUGAAGCAGAAACGAAAGCCUGCCAGUUCCGAGCCCACGCCGGAAGACGCCUUGGGCGGUUCCGCGGUCCCUGUGCGCUUCCACCUUCACCCAGAAGGACUUCUCUGGUGCAGCCGCUGCUUCUUCAGCCACGGCCCAGAAGGAUCGGAGCCCCCUGGCCGAUCCGCAGGUCUGCAGGGAGCCACAGAGCGCAGCGGCCGGCCCAGCGUUCAAGCCCAAGCACAGGCCUGCGAGAACCUUGUUCCAGCCACCGUUUGGGAUGGUUGAUUAGGACGCGUUGCAGUGGCGGUAGCUCACCAAUCCAGUGCGUGCACCCGCUCCUUUAUUAGGCUAUAGGGCCAGUGGCUCCCACAGGGACCUGAUACAACCGUGCGUUAAAUAAGGAGCUUACUGAGCUAUCAUGUCGUAAGCCGGUGGAGAAGUCCAGGGCUAGUGUGGGGGCUCCGGCGGGGGCUGGGGCCCCCAUCCGCAUGGAGCCUCCCCACGGUUCACAGGUCUCGGUCUUCGGAGCCUUCAGCCCCGUGAGCCCGAACAGUCCACAGGGCGGCGCCAGACCCUCUUCCCAACGCCACCCUCUGAAGCCUCGGCUCCAACCGGCUCCACUUCUGCUUCAGGCUCAGGAUUUUCACUCUUCUCUAAUGGGGGUGGCCCUCCCCUGAUCUUCUGAGUCGCAACAGCAUCUCCCUCCCUCCAGGACCUCAGAGCCAGAGCUGGGCGAGAGGCCCUGACCUCCGGGGUAGGGUGGCAGCAUCCCUGUGAAGGUGCGGUCCUGCCUCCCAUCCCCAGGCGCCUGGCCUCUCCCACCCUCAGCGCCCUGCUCACCGCCAGCUGAAGAUGCCAGGGCACCUCUGCUUCCUCCCUGCCCUCUCUGCAGUAUCACAGAGUGAGCAUAAAAGGGCUUAAUAUAGGCUUCACUGGUCGUGGUGGCUCGCGCCUGUGAACUCAGUAACUUGGGAGGCCAAGGCGGGAGGAUCACUUGAGGCCAGGAGUUCAAAACCAGCCU